AAGAAUUUGUUGAAUUCUCUGAAUUUCAUGCUUUAUAGCCCCGCGUGUGUGUGGAAUUUAAUCCUUCUUCUUUCCGUGUGAUUAAUCCUCCGCGUGCUAAGCUUCUCUGCAUUAUUAUGGGGUUUCAUCCUAGCCAGAAUGGGGAUCUGGUUUUGUUGGCACAGAUCUACCAUGAGAGAGAGAGAGAAUUCUUCAUGGGAAAAGGGGAAUUCUCUCUGUCCCCAAUGUCCAUGCGCGUGGAAAAUCUUCGGGAUGUCUCGCAUGAUAUUUUUCUCUUCUUUAGCUUAGUUUUAGUCUUUCAUCACACUCCCCCGCAUAUGAGACAUUAAUCUCUCGCGCGCGCAACAUCUCACAAAUCCCAUUUUUCCCUCAACACCAAUUUGUAAAAGACAAACAAAUUCCUCCACGGCAGUGUGUCCCCCCAAACGAUUAAUGAGCUUUUUAGUUGAAAAGAUUAAUAAACUUUUGCGAAGGAUUUGUGAUUUUUUUUCCUUCAGCGUGUGAUUCAUCUUGAAAUCUUCUGUGCUCUAUAAAAUCUCUCUCACAGCAAGAGAAGCUCGUAUAGACGUAAUUUUCGGUCUGUUUAGCAAAUAUUUUGCAAUUUUAGCACGAGCUACUGUUGAGGGGUCAGACGUGUGGGGGUGGAGUGUGUUUAUUAUAAUUUUCUCAACAGUUUAGAGAAAAUUCGUAGUGCGGCAUUUUGUGUUGUAUACAACAACGCAAAUUGAUGUUCAUUACCAAACAUUUCAUCUGUGAGAUUUGAUGUUACUGCUGCUGCACUGUCAUUUCUCCUCACACACGCGUAAAGAAUCUCAAGGAAAAUUUUAUUGACAAAGGCCCAGAAGAAGGAGAUUUCCCGACAAAAUUUAAUUUGAGAAAAUUCUGCAAGAGAGAAGGGAAAACGACCUUCUGCAGGGAAUUUUAUUUUUGGUGUUCCAUUAACCCAAUUUCUGGUUAUUUACCUCACUACAGCGGUGGAGUGUUUAAAAAAUCGAUUUUACAUAUCUGCUGAACUACAUGAAGAGUCCCACAGAAGGAGUAAACGUGGAGGAUUGAUUAUGUGAAGAGAAAAUCAAUAAAGGAAUAAAUUAAAAUUUGCAAUGAGUUACAAAAGUAAUUACAAUCCCGAAGAGAAGAUUAUCCUGGCACGGGAUGAUGCCAAGGAUCGGCUAUAUGAGCCAAAGCCCAAUAAAAAGGCCAUCAGGAUUCUUACGGUGGCCGCGUAUGUUUUAUGUGUGUCACUAGCUGCAAUUAUGCUAUCACUGUAUUACAUCUUCCUCUGGGAUCCCUCCAUAAAGCCCUCCAUCCACUCCAAACCUAUUUCUUGCGAUAAAACAGUAAUCCCGGAGAAUAUUGCAAUAAAGUUGGCAAAUUCAACGGAAAUCUCCCCUGAGCAGUUCUUCAGGAUCUUCCUGAAACGCUACAAGACAAUUCAGUUGCAAGAAGGGGCAGAGAAUGAAGUGCUGGAAAUUAAACAACUUCCCCCCGAGGGAACCACGGAAGGUACAACAGCAGAGGUGCAGCAACAGCAGCAGCAGCAGCAACAGCAACAGCUGGUGAGGAACGACAGUGAUGAUUCAGAUGAAGAGGACGAUGAGGCAGAGUCCAGUGGGCAGAAUGAUUUGAGCUACACACAAAAUUCCAAUGACACCGUCCUCCUUCUUGAUCAAGACACCGACAUGACCAACACUUACUAACAAAAUCUUUAGCUAGCUAACACAUCCCGAAGCCUAUUUUUUCAGAAGAAAAUAUAGCAAAAGAAGUAGAAAAUUAUAAGAAAUUAGGAUCUUUAGGAAUAAUUGUGGGAAUAAGAUGAGCAGUUCUCCUCUUUUUUCCGGCAAAUUGUAUAAAAUUAUAUUAGAAAAAUAAUCCUGUAAAGGAAGUAAUUUAUUAAAUUAGAAAAAUAAUCAA